AUAUUUUGUUUUGGAAUAAGAGAGUUAACAAUUACAAGUUGAAAGACAUAGGCACAUAGGUGAAAGUGGGUUGGCGAGGAAGAGUGUGAUCUCCGAAGGGACGAAGGGAAACAAAACCUGACCUUUCCCUCUCUCCAAAGGAUCAUCAAAUCAAUUUCUCCUUUGAGUUGUGUGUUCCUUCCAGCCACCAUAUUUUACUACUACUAUAUAUUAAUCUAUCAACUUCUUUCUUUCUUCUUCAAUCACACUCCUUUUCAUCAUGUCUCACUUCACACUUUCUCAGAUGGCUGUAACUGUUCCUGUUAGCAGUGAUUUCUCCGCCACAAGAUCUGUGUUUAAGGUGUCUAACUUAAAUGUUCGGGAUAAAUCAUGGGCACCAGUGUUUACUUUGGACAUGAAAGCAAAAAACUAUGGUUCGAGGAGAAAUCAUAAUGUGAUUUGCAUGUCAGUGCAACAAGCAAGUGUGCCCAAAGUUAAUGUCUCCCCUUUAGAAUUGGAGAAUCCUACGGAGCCUCCAUUGAACUUACACAAGCCUAAAGAACCCUAUACGGCAACCAUUGUUUCCGUUGAAAGAUUGGUGGGACCAAAGGCUCCGGGGGAAACUUGUCAUAUUGUGAUCAAUCACGAUGGAAAUGUUCCUUACUGGGAGGGACAAAGUUAUGGUGUUAUUCCACCAGGUGAAAAUCCAAAAAAACCAGGCUCUCCUCAUAAUGUUCGACUAUAUUCAAUUGCUUCCACGAGGUAUGGAGACUUUUUUGAUGGCAAAACAGCCAGUUUGUGUGUGCGUCGUGCUGUUUAUUAUGAUCCUGAGACCGGAAAGGAAGAUCCUUCCAAGAAUGGCGUCUGUAGCAAUUUUUUGUGUGACUCAAAGCCCGGAGACAAAAUUAAGAUCACAGGCCCGUCAGGAAAGAUCAUGCUUUUGCCGGAGGAUGACCCAAAUGCUACCCAUAUAAUGAUUGCCACCGGUACCGGUGUUGCUCCAUAUAGAGGCUAUCUUCGUCGAAUGUUCAUGGAAUCGGUCCCUAAAUUCAAGUUUGGUGGACUAGCAUGGCUCUUCCUCGGUGUUGCGAAUUCCGAUAGUCUUCUCUAUGACGACGAGUUCACCAAAUACCUUAACGAUUAUCCAAAUAACUUCCGAUACGACCGAGCCCUAAGCAGAGAGGAAAAGAACAGGAACGGCGGCAAAAUGUAUGUUCAGGAUAAGAUUGAGGAAUAUAGCGAUGAAAUCUUUAAGCUCUUGGAUAAUGGAGCACACAUCUAUUUCUGCGGUCUGAAAGGGAUGAUGCCUGGAAUCCAAGAAACACUGAAAAGGGUUGCUGAGGAGAGAGGAGAAAGUUGGGAAGAGAAACUUUCACAACUCAAGAAGAACAAACAAUGGCAUGUUGAAGUUUAUUGAAAUGUUAUUAUAUUCUCUAGUGCAUUCUGCAUAAUAGCCUCCUAAGAAAAAGACUAGUGUUAGCAGUUUCAUUCUUGCUCGAGAAAUUGUUUCGGAUUAAUAAUGUUCAUUAAGCAGCUUGAGCAGCUGUAUCUAUUCUAUAUUAGUAGAUUAUCAUUUUGGUGCAUUGUGUUCUUGAUGGAUACAACAUUGAGAAAGUUAAGUCAUUAGGAGUGUUCAAGGCAUGCUUGGGGUCAUUUUUGUAAGGGAAGCAACAUUUUUUCUCUUGCCACAUUUUGAAUUAUCAUGUUAAAAUUAUCAAUAAGGCAUAUUGUACUGUAGAAUUUCUGCAUGACAUAGUAUAUAAAAUGAUGUCAAAAAGUGUGAAA